UCCCCACAACACACACGCGCACGCACGCGCGCGCGCGCUGGCUCACACCCGGCGUGUGACUCAACGUCGAAGGGAAGGUGGCCGAGGGCUUCGCUGGUUCUCGCUUUGAAGAGGAAUAACAAACAACUGUCUGCAAGUCCUCGCUCAAGCCCCUUGCGCGUGGCGCUGCGUCGGUUUGGUCGCAAGGUCCCCGUGCAGAUUUCGUGCCCCUUGUGACGGAAGCAGCCACCACGUGCUGGAGGAGGAGGAGAGAAAGUUGGCUGUGAUUGAGGGAGACCCGCGAGCUAACUCGACCCCACAGAUCGGCGGAGUUGUGGCUGCGGCGAGCGAGCGAGCGAACGAGCGCUGACCGACUCAAGGAAUUCUAUUGAAGAGUUGAAACGGAAGAAAGCGACCGUCGGGUGUGAAACUUAAGGACGACCCGACGCCGAAGCCUGCGCUGUUGCAUUCCGUCGCGAUGAGCGGAGUCGAUGUCGCGAACGAGAGCCUCGCCGCUCUCCACAACGGCACCGCGAUCAAGAACUUCGCCUCCGAGCGGUGUCCCGCGGCGUUCACGAACCCCGCGGCUCUCACCGCCGUCCCCGUCAUGUACGGGCUCAUAUUCGUGGCGGGCCUCGUGGGCAACACCAUGGUGGUGGCGGUCGUGCUCAAAUAUCUGAAGCUCAGGAACGUCGCCAACGUGUACAUCGUGAACCUGGCUACGGCCGACCUCGUGUUCGUGACCACCCUGCCUCUCUGGGCCGCCUCCGUGGCGCGCGGCUACGACUGGCCCUUCGGCGGCUUCCUCUGCAGGGUGUCGGCCACCGUCGUCAGCGUCAACAUGUACGCCAGCAUCCUGUUGCUCGCCUGCAUGAGCGUCGACCGCUACCUGGCCAUCGUGCGCCCGCUGCAGUCGCGCGGCAGACGCACGCGUAGGCGCGCCCGCGUGGCCUGCGUCCUCGUGUGGGUCACGGCGGUGCUCCUCAGCGUGCCCGUGGCCGUCUUCAGGGUGACCUUCAUUCCACGGAGGAAAACGGUGUGCGCACUGCGCUACCCAAGCGCGCGCACCUGGUUCCUGGCGAUGAACGUCACCCGCAACGUGGCCGGCUUCCUCGUGCCCUUCCUCGUCAUCGUCACCUGCUACAGCCUCAUCGGCAGGACGCUGCUGCGUCGCGGCGGCGACGUCGUCAGGCGGGACAAGGUGCUGCCCGCAGUGCUGGCGGUGGUGUUGGCCUUCCUGCUCUGCUGGUUGCCCUACCACGUGCUCACGCUGCUGGACACGCUCGUUCGCCUGCGCGUGCUGCGGGGAUGCGGCGUCACUGCGGCCGUCGACGCAGCUAUGCCGGUCGCGGUGGUCGUAGCUUACACCAACAGCUGCCUCAACCCACUGCUCUACAGCUUCGUGGGCAAGGGCUUCCGGCAGGGCUUCGGUCGGUUACUGCGGCUCAGCGCCUACGUGCCUCGGCCGCUCGCCAGCUCGUUCACUCGCUCGAGCUCGCUGCGCUCACGCGUUGUCGAGAUGGAGAGUCUUCGCUGAAGAGCGCAGCCUGCCCAGGCCGGCAGGGACGUGGAGGCCGUCGUGAGACUCGAGGAGGGAGGGAGGGAUGGCGCUCGUGCCACACUGGUAUGGUUUUUUUUUCAUUUCCGAAGAA